CUAUAAAAUAUGGCUCGGAGAAAUUAUCCGAACUUAAUAACCGAAAUUAUCCGAAAAAAAUUUUGGAAGGAACAAUCGUAACAAAAAUUAUAGCUUAAAGUGAUCGCUGUCAAAAUUAUUUUGUGCAAGGGUUAUUUAAUUUCAAGUGCAACAAACACUGUGUUUAAUAAGAAAAAGAAAUUUGAUUUGUGUUUGUGAGAUAUGGUUCAGCAGUCUACUGAAAAAUCUUGUGUUAGAUGCCAAGAAAUUUAUAGGGUUUUACAAGAUCACAUCUCUGAUCAACAUCAUUAUUUUUCAAGCAAUGAUACUGUUCUAAAUAAUGUGCUUCUUAAUAUACUUUCUUUAAUGAUAAACAAAACUUCGCCUUUACAAUCAACAUUGGCAGAUCAAUAUUCUGAAUUUCAAUCAAUUCAUCUGCCAACUCAAGCAUCAUCUGUUGAUAAAAAUGAAAAUGAGCCAAGUAAAAUUUAUUCUGAUAAGUAUGAGAAUUCCUCUGAUGUUUCUCGAUCUUCCAAACUUGAUAAUAAUCAUGAAGUCCUUAAUAAUCAAAUGACAUUUCAGCAAAAUUCUUUUUACCCUUCAAUAUCUGCCAAAGGUAAAAGCGAACAAAGUAAGAAUAUUGCCUUGAGCUCUUUAGGAAACAUGCCACAAUCUAAUAAAAGUCAAAAUUUUAGUGGUACUAAUUAUGAUUUCCCAUUUCUACUAAACACUAGCGAUAUCCAACCAACAUUUAUUUCAUCCGAUGGAUAUUUGACUCACAUGGGUUUGUCUCUUUUGUUAGGCAACCAGUCAAAACAAAAUUUUACAGGAAAAUCAGAUCAUCUUGAUAUUGCAGACAUACUUGUAAAUAAAAUGCCAAUACCUAGUUUAAAUAAAGCAUUUGAUUCAUCAUUGCUAUCAACUUUAUAUUUGCAUCAGUUAGGAGUAACACAAUCUUCUGUGGGAGUAAAUGAUGUUUUUAAUUUUCCAGACCUAUCAAAUGCAGAUGAAAAUUCUUCUAAUUAUGCAUCCCAAAAUACAACACUUCACCAAUUAUUAAAUCGUCAUAAGCAAAUAUCAGAGCUUAUAGAGUCCAUGAAUAAUCAAAUAAGAAAAAAAUGUCUCACAAAAGAUUACCAAGGAAAAAAUUUUACUCAUCCUGAAGAAAGUACGAGUUCUAUAUCAAAUAUUCCUAUGUUUAAUUUGGAUUUAAAUAGUAAACCUUUACCAGAUUUUACAAAAAUAAAUGAUAAUCUGAUGUCUGACCAAAUGCCAGUUAAAACUUUGUUUAAUAGUUCGGAUAGUGAAAUAAGUUCAUCUAUACAUUCUAAUGUAUCUCUCAGUUCCUUGCAAAGUUUAAUUUUAGAAACAGCAAAAGAAGUGGAUGAAGAUGAAAGCAAAGCUUCUGAACCUAGUUCUAAAAAUUGUUCUGUAAAUUACUCUGUCAUUCAAGCAAUGUCACCUGUAAAAGGAGAUUCUGGUGAAUCUCAUCGGCCUAAAGUUCUUUAUAAAUGUAGUGAUUGUGGAGUAACUUUUAGCGUAUUAGCAACGCUUCAACAUCAUGCCAAAACUCAUAAUACUGCAACAGAAAUAUGUAAUUUUUGUCGAUUAGAAUUUAACAAUCGAAAUGAUUAUCACCAGCAUCUAAUUACUCAUCGAGGAGAAGAUAACAUACUUGUUUGUCAAUUUUGUGCAAAAAUGUUUACAAGUAAAGGAGAGUUCAGUAAACAUAUCGGUACUCAUACUCAGAGGCGUCCUUAUGUCUGCUCUCAUUGCCAAAAAGCGUUUCGAGAUCCCGGUUCAUUAACAAAGCAUGAAAGAAUUCACACUGGAGAACUUCCAUUUGUAUGUUCAGUCUGUGAUAGAGGGUUUGCAGAGAAGUCUUCUUUGCGAAAACAUUCUAGAACUCAUUCUGGUGAAAAGCCUUAUAAGUGUAAUCAGUGCCCUAAAGCUUUUUCUAUAUCAGGUAAUCUCCAGCGACAUAUGUUUAUUCAUAACGGUGAAAGACCUUUUAAAUGCUAUCUCUGUACGAAAACAUUUAACAAUCCCAGUCAUUUGCGAAGGCAUAUAAAAAACUUGCAUCAAAAGUUAAACGAUAAACAGUUGCAUGAAACUCCUGACGAUACCGAAGAAAAUGAUGCAUGUUAGAUCCAUAGUGUUUACUAUUUUCUUAUUUUAUACUGAUACUUUAAUAUCUUUUUUUUUUUUAUUAUACUAUUUAAAAAUAAAAGUUUUUUUUUCAUAUUUUGUGGUUUUUUGGUCUCGGCAAUUAUUUUUGAUUUGAUGUGUAUUCGUAAAACUGUAAUGAAUUUUUUUGUUCCCAGGCGGCACACGACUUUGAUCCGAAAUUGUAUUUAUGUAAGGCUAUGUUGGCUGAUGUCGGCCAACUAAAUUUAACGAUAUAAUGUUAUUUUUUAUCCGAAUUA